AGGAAUUUAAAAUACAAUUUAUAUUGCUUGACAAAAAUGGAAACACUGUAUUUGGAUUCAACGAAGGAAAUCGGUACAGCAGAUUGGUCUAUGGUCACAGUGAUAUAAUUUUGGAUAUUGCGAUCAGUGGAGAUUCAAGUUGGUUUUAUUUUGCAACAUAUGACUCAAUAGUGCAGUAUUCAAUGGACAAUAGCAACGGUUCUACCCUGAUAGACAUAAAAGGGAUACAAGCACAGUUUUUCUGUUUUGACAUCCAAACAAACUCGGUGAUAAUUAUUGGCGAGACUUCUCAGGGUUAUUUAUUGCACCUUCAGCGCAUUGAUGCAAACCGAAACAUAACAAAAGUACAUCUCCCAUAUGUGGAACAUCCAACAGAAAUAACGUGCGUAGCAGAGAAAAGAGUUGCUGUAAUAUCACAUGGGAAUGAGCUUGUCAUAUUUGAAAUAGAAAAUUUAACGUGGACAACACUCCAAACACCCUAUCAAGAGGCACAUUUACGUCUUGCAGUUCAUCAAACAGAUAACGACAUCUUCUGUGCAGAAACAAAACAAAAUGAAAUAUUCCGAUUAAGCUAUGAUGGAAAGUAUUUUACGAAGGUGUAUGAAGGGAAUGAGGGAGAAAUAACAGAUUUUGAUGUAGAUCAUACAUUUGUUUACGUUCUGACAAAGAAUCCGAGAGACUGCAAAACAAAUGUUGAGGCGGUAAAUAACAAUGAAAUCAAAGAACAACAUAAACAUAAUGAAGUUUAUGAAGUACGAGUCCGUAUGACAAAGAUCAAGAUGAAGAAAACGGGAGGCGACGAAGGGACGAAAAAAAGAGCGGGAAUACAACAAAAGGACAGUGAUAGAGGAAGUGAGCCCUGA